AUGCCUCAUCAGAAACACGGCCCUUCUAUAAUGAACGGAUCAGACCAUCUCAAAGUACCUCAACAUCGAAAGGAAUAUUCACAUUCAAGCAUGUCGAAUGUUGAUGUCUAUGUGACCAGACGCAAAGUAAAGAAUGAACUAGGGAAGCGGCGCGCUGAAAUAAAUGGUUUCGAAGAGCUUCGUGAAUUUCUCCCACCCACACGUUACCCAUCUAUUUCAAGUUUACAUCAUUUCACAAUUAUCAUUUGCUAA